GCGGAAACGGCAAGUAACGAUCACCGCAGCAAGCCCGCGCCGACCGCCCGCCCGCCCAUGCGCCAUGGCGACGACGAUGGAAGCGACGACUACCUUGCUCGACAUGAUGGACAGCAUGGUCGCGACGCUCCAGAGCAAGCAGCUCGACCUUGAAGCGCUCGGGUGCUUGGAGCAAGGGCUCUUCCUCAAGCGACGCAUGCUAGGCCCCGAGCAUGACGACGUGUGCAAGAUGUUCCAAGACGUCGUGCUCCUGUACAAUCAGCACGCGAUGGAGCAGCUCGCAUCCGGCGCCCACGAGCUCUGCCUCGACCUCCUCCUCAAGGCCGACGCACUCACCAAGCCCGGCAAGUUUGCGUCGCCCGAGUCGCUGCGUAUCUUGACGUACAACAACCUUGGGUGCUACUACCGGCGCCUCCACAAGCUCAAGACCGCGCUUAAGUACCUCUCGGAAGCCGCGUCUCUCGGUGCAUCGACGCCCAGCGUUCGCAAUCUCUCGGUGACGCACUUGAACCUGUGUGCGAUCCAGUCCCAGCUCGGCCGUCAUGACGUGGCCCUCGAGCAUGCGCAGUCGGCCAUUUUUCAUGCACAAGAAGAGCUCGUCACAAGCGAUAUGGGCGGCGACGUCCUCGACGCGCAGUCCCGCGAAGAGAAGAUCGUCGCGUUGGCCAUUGCAUAUCAUAACUUGGCGGUCGAGAUGGAGUUUAACGCACGGGGCGACGCCAGUCUCCAGUGGUACAAGAAAGCUCUGCAAAUGGUCUUCAAGUACAAGGAGAAUAACGGGAAUCUCUGGAAGACGUUUAAGACCUCGUACGAUGCUGCCAAGAAGAAACACGCUACCGCACCAUUGCCUGUCGAGACUGCCCCACCGCGGUCGCAUCGCCGUCACGUCGCACCGGCGGCCGACACGGCGCAUUCCUACAAGCCAACACAGCCGUCCAAAGCAACGCGACCGACAACGGCGUCGAGGAAGCGACCUCCGCCGGAUACGGCAGGUCGACGCUGGCACGACCGCGCGCCGUCGCCGCCCAAGCAACCGACGUUUGCGGCUUUUUUGAAAGCCAAAGGCCCGGCGGCAGAAGCGGCUGCGUCGGCGUUUAAAGUCGCGCCCCCGGACCGACAAUCGCCGCCACCUCCGUACAGUCGACGACCCACCAGUGCCCAUAUCGCUGCACCGCCGCACAAGCAGUCGACGCGCUCUGUUCCGAUGCCUUCAUUACGCAGCAAGGUGCACUUGGAUGCCCCAUCGGCCGCGUCGUCCGAAGCCCAACUUCGGCCAUCGGCGUCACAGCAAACGACGAUCACAACGAACCUUUUCGACUCGGACUCGGACGAGGAGAUUGUCGAAGUGUUUCAAGCACCGUCGCCAGCUGUGCGUAUGGAGCGCGUCGACGUCCGGCGACCGCAGGCGCGGGCUACGCUUGCCCACCAAAUCGAGCUUUCCAGCACCACGGGCCUGCCACCACGCGUGUCGCACAUCGAAUACCUCAAGCGGCUCCGGCAAUCAGUCGAGACGGACAGUACCAAUACGGAUACUCGGCCCCACGAGAUCACCAAGCAACAUCGCCAACAGCUCGAGAUGCAACGAAUACACGACGUCGCGGCGCGUAAGCUCCAAGCCCACUACCGCGGACACCGUGUGCGACGACGCCUGCCGCGAGCCCGGGCUGCUUGGGGAGCACCGUCGCCGACGCGGGCCGAGCGCUACCGGCUACACUGCGUCAUCGUGAUCCAGUCCAUUGUGCGCAUGUAUCUCGUGCGGAGGUGGUUUGUUGCUUACCGGCGCCAGAUGCGCGAGGCGCAAAUGCGCGAGGCGCAGCAGCUGGAGGCGACGCGACGCGAACUUGCGAUUCGCGCCCAAGAGCGCCGAUUACUCGACGAAGCCAAGCGAGAGCUUGCGGUGCGCGAAGCUGAAACGCGCGAUCUUCUUGCCUAUCAAGAAGCUGCGCGGGCCAAAGCCGAAGCCGCGUUGCGCGAUGCCGAGGCCAAGCAAGCUGCGGCCCAAGCCGAAGCCGCGGCCUUCAAGCAGCGACUGGCCCAAAUGGAAGCGCAGACGAAGCAGCUCCUUGCACUCAACGAUGUGGAGAAAGCCCGAGCGCUACGAGCGCUUCAGGAAGCGGAGAAGGUCAAAGCACUCUUGGCUCAGCGCGAAGCCAAGGCCAAGGCGCUCAUUGCAGAGGAAGAGAUGGCCAAGGCGGAUGCGGCGCAGGCGAGCGCUAGCGCGGCGCAGGUCGCGUUGGAAGCUCAGUAUGCAGAAACCCAACGCUGGAUUGACGCCGAGAAGGCCAGUGCCGUUGCUGUCGAGGUGCCCGCGCGUACACCCGAGAUUCCUUCGCUGCCUCUACCAACCGCACCGGCCGAUUCCUCGGAGCUGCCGCGAGAGCCAAGUAUUGCCAAAGUCGCAUCCGCUCGACGAGAACAUGCACUCGAGUUUGCACAGCAACUCGAGGUCCGCAUCUCCAGAGACGACCUCUUGGCCGCCCAGCAACGCGAAGCCAAACACUUGGCCGCCAGUGUCAUUCAAGGAGUCGUGAAAGGCCGUUCCGUGCGUCGCAACCGGGUCUUGCCGCGGGCCAAGCAGCUCGCGGCCCAGCAACGCGAAGCUCGGCACGUCGCAGCCAGUGUGCUUCAAGCGCUUUGCAAAGGCUUUGCCGUGCGCCAGCGCGCGCUGCAAGUGUACGCCCGACACCUCAGCACGCACGUCAUUUCGCGCUACCACAUACAGCGCGAGCUGACGUCGGCGAUGCAAGUAGAGGACCGCGCAUGCGCGGCCGCAACGCUGCAGCGCGUUUUCCGAGGCUCUUGGUGCCGACGUCACGUUGCAACCUUGCGCUUCAUGCGGUCGAGCGCAGCGGUUACCAUACAAGCCAUUGUGCGCGGCCAUCAAUGUCGUCUCCUCUGUAUUGCACUGCGUGCUGGCUAUGACGGAGCGAGCCGCAAGAUCCAGCGUGUAGUCCGGCGACACCAGUCGCGGCGACGGCGCACUAGUACCCGUCACAUUCACAGCAUGGCAGCACACGUCGUGCAGCACGCCUGGCGACGAUAUUUGGCCAAGACGGAGGCGACGUACGAAGUGGCGCGACGCAUCGAAGGCGGCGAGCGAGAAAUGGCAUGGCGAUUGGCACAGGCCAUCUCGGACGCCCUCUCGCAGUCGCGCCAGCAGCAGCUUUCGUUGGCCACCGCGGACGCAGUAGAGAUGGCAAAGCGCCUCGCCGAAGCAUCAACAUUCGCCCUGGGUGCUGCCGUGCGGGCACACACCGAGACGGUGCUGACAGACGAGAAUGCAAUGGCGGUGGAUCUAUCCCGUGCGGUCAUCGACUGGCUGCACCGACGGCGACGUGAUGACGCCGAACGCUCGACGCAGCUGGACGAAGCCAUGGCGAGUCGCCUAGCUCAUGCGUUUCUCGAGAAGACCCAUGAUCGUGUCGAUGACGAGUGGCAGUUGACGACGCGCAUGUCGGAGCGACUCACUGGCGCCUGCCUCGACUACAUAUAUGCCCACGUCAUGACGCCGCGUACGGCGCUGCUCUCGGACGAAGCCGACAUGGCAUCCCGCCUCGCUCUCGCCAGCGCAACUUGUAUCAAGAACCGGAUCGCGCAGUCCCGGGACGCGGCCAACUCUGGGAUCCAAGCGAUCGCUGCAACGUCGAUUCAAGCCCUCGUACGCGGCUGCCUUGUUCGCCAGCAGAUUGUGCUACCAAAGCUGCGCAACGACGACGUCAAUGAUCUCGUGCAGGCGGUGGUGAUCGACCGCGCAGCGACAACAAUCCAAGCACUAAGUCGCGGCGUCGCAGUGCGAAAGCGGCUACUCGCAAACGCUCGCCACGCGGUGCUUGAAACGUAUCGCCGAGUGGACGUGGCGAUACAACAACUUGCAGCAUCGGUGAUUCAAGCAGUCGGACGAGGGUACUUGGUGCGAAAAUUGUUGCCGACUUGGAAGAGCGCGCCAGUCGCCUCCGGCACCAGCGACUGCCCACAAGCAGGCUUGGUGGCUGCCACAAACGAAGCCGCCCCCCUUCGUACCACUGCCGCCACGUCGUACGAGGCCCUCUAUGCAGUCCAAGAUGAUUUGGUGGCCGACGCCACAGCGGCGCCAAGCAGCGUCUCUGGCGAAAGCAACGUUGCGAAUGACGAAGAAGAAGCCGCGUCUGCUGCCCCAACAGCAACGGCUGCGUCGUUGGAUACACGAAUAGCGACAACCGAUCGUCAUCCACAUAGCACGGUGCACGCCGCAGCUGUCCGUGGAAUCUGCGCUGCGCUUCAGAGCUUUCACGACGCUUCCAAGGACCAGUCUCUCCAAGUCGUCCUCAAGUGCCUUGCUAACACCUGCCCAAACGCCGUCGAUCAAUGCGUUGCUAACGCACACGCCGCAUGGUCGGCCUCGACGGAUGCACACAGUCUACACGCUGCGCUGCGAGACCGGAUGGCCGCGUUCUUGGGAGGCCACGGUCAAGAUGGCGCUGAGGCCGUCGUGCAGAUACUCGCAGCGGCUGCGGUCAACGCGGUGCGACAGCAUCCCUCGCAAGAUACCGCCGUCUUGUGCAGUGCCGCUGAGACUGUCGUGCGCGCGUCCAUCGAGACAGCGCUAAGCAUGUACGCCGCCGCAUUUUCGGUGCGUUCGAUAGCUGCAACAUCCAUCCAAGCCGUGAUCCGGGGCUACGUGGUGCGACGCCAGAUGCACCAACAACUCAGCGUCGAAGGCUUCGUGACGCGGCAUAUCGCGCGCGAAGCCGCCGCCAUUGAAGCGCUAGCGCUCGUAGUCUCGCCUGCCGACAUUAGUGCACACCACAUUGCAGCCGCUGUGCUACAGACCGCGUACCGAGAGUACGCCCUGCGUCGAGCGGCCGCGCACACAUCGUCCGCCACAUCGUUAACACGCAGUGCUACGCUCCACGCCCCGGGUCCUACAACGCCCGAGAACGACGUUUGCAAAGUCGAUAACCCUAUCCCCAAUACGCCCAUCAACGACGCCACACGGUGGACAGCACACAAGGAAGAGACAGAAGCGCGAUUGCCCAGUGCAGAAUUAGCGACCGCGACGGCGUCCGACGAGCCGAGCGCCUCAACCUCCUCUGUCGACGAGCCGACGCCUCCCGACCUAUUUGAUGUCGAGUUUACUCCCCGCGACGAGUCGCCGGGCAGCGACGACGAGGACGUGUUGCCACGUAAAACGACGGCGCCAAGCAGGGAACAGGUCGCCGCACUUUCUCACGAGCUCCGAGGUAUCGAGUCGGACACGGCGUCGUCGCAUCUCUCGCAGCAGUACAGCCAAAGUUCGUUCACAUCCGAUAUUCCUACAGCCAAGGUAUCCAACAAUCCCAGCGCCGCGUCGUUGGCGUCCCAGAAACACACGUCGUCGUACAGCAGCCACGCCUCGUUCGAGUCGUCCGAGGUGCCAUACUCGUCGAGCCAAGCUUCGUUCGUGUCCGACACACCCGAGGAGGACAUGAUCGGGUCCCUUGCGCCCCCCCAGGUUCAUCGGGUACGCGAAAGCAAUGGAAUCUGAGCACGCCUUUGUAGGUGCUAUUGGCGCGCUUGCCGCCGCUCCUGCGCACCGCGUACGACAAGACGAUCGCUGCCGCGGUGCCACGCAUGCGCGUCGACCCGUACGAAGUCCUCGGGCGCAACUUGCCGUUUGACGACUAUGUCCAGUCGCUCAGCACCGCGUACGACGACAUCGGCGUUUUGGCCGCCGCCGACGCCCUCCGCGCGCUGACGCAUGUGGACGCAGCGCUCAAGACGCAGGCCAAUUUUGAAUCGCUUGUCGCGGCCUUGAGUCGCAAAGCCACCGACGACAUGGACGUCUGGACAGAGGACGUGGAGGCCGCUUGCAUGUGGCUGCUCCACGAGUACGUCGCUUAACAGUUCCGAAUGUGACCCUCGACCCUCCACCCUCUGCUGUUUCAACGCAGUUUGUGGUCGAGUCUAUAACAUGUACUAACAGAGUUAUGCGACCUCUA